AUGGCUCAUAUAGAUGUUAAAGUUGAACAAUUACCGUAUGACUUAGAAAUAAAAACCCCCAUUACCAAUAAGAACUUAAUUGCUAAUAUGGUCUACAAGGGGUGUGAAAUAUGGAUAGGAGAGCGGAAAUUGUUGGUAGAUCUUAUUGAGCUAGUUCUUAAGGGAUACGAUAUCAUCUUAGGGAUGGAUUGGUUGGCCAAAUAUCAUGCACAGUUGAAUUGCCGUGCUAAGAAGGUGCCCGAGGAUAUUUUGGCAAUGUUGAUUAAUGCUCCGAUGGAUCAGUUGAAGGUAGAAAAUGUACCGGUAGUAUGUGAGUUUCCUGAGAUUUUUUCCGAAGAAUUGACAUCAUUACCUCCGGAGAGGGAAAUAGAAUUUAAGAUUGAUUUGCAUCUUGGAGCAGAGCCGAUAUCAGAAACUCCUUAUCGUAUGGCUCCUUCAGAACUUAAGGAAUUGAAAACAUAG